AUGGCAGACUCCCUGCAAAAUCCAGCUGUUGCUGGGGCACUUGAGUCAUCUAAUCCAGAUUAUGGUCCUCCUCCAAAGCCCAAAAGAAACACAUUUGCGUUGGCUUGUGCUCUUUUAGCUUGCAUGUCAUCAGUCCUACUUGGUUAUGAUACGGGAGUGAUGAGUGGAGCAAUGAUCUACAUAAAGAGGGACCUUAAAAUCUCCGAUGUCCGAGUAGAAAUUUUGGUGGGAACCAUCAACGUCUAUUCUCUUGUGGGUUCAACCAUCGCCGGUAGGACGUGCGACUGGGUUGGCCGACGAUACACCAUAGUUAUCGCCGGAGUAAUCUUCUUGGCCGGGGCCUUUUUAAUGACCUUUGCCACCACCUAUUCUUUCCUUAUGAUUGGCCGUUUCAUUGCUGGGAUCGGAGUUGGCUUUGCCAUGAUGAUAGCACCUGUAUAUUCUGCCGAGAUCUCUCCGAGAUCAGCUCGGGGAUUUAUCACUUCUUUUACGGAAGUGUUUAUCAACUUUGGAACAGGUGUCUUGCUGGGAUAUGUGUCCAACUAUUUUUUUGCCAAGCUUCCCACCAACUUGGGGUGGCGAUUCAUGAUGGGAGUUGGUGCGAUUCCCUCAGUGAUGCUGAUCGUGGGCGGCUUCAUCAUGCCGGAAUCACCACGGUGGCUGGUGAUGCAAGGCAGAGUAGGGGAUGCUAGAAAAGUUCUAGAUAAAACCUCGGAAUCUAUACAAGAAUCCCAAGAGAGGUUAGCUGACAUUAAGGAGGCUGCUGGCAUCCCCCAGGACAACCCCGACGGCGUCGUAGAGGUUCCCAAACGCAAAACCGGCGGUAGAGGUGCAUGGAGGCAAAUCUUCCUCCAUCCCACGCGGGCAGUUUUGCACAUUACGAUUGCUGGCAUCGGUUUAUGUUUCUUCCAGCAGGCGUGCGGUAUAGAUUCGGUGGUGAUGUACAGCCCAAAAAUCUUUGAGAAAGCUGGUAUGAAGACCGACAAUGAUAGGCUACUCGCCACCAUAUCCGUUGGAGUCACCAAGACCAUCUGCAUCCUGGUAUCUACAUUCUGGCUGGACAAGAUCGGACGGCGGGCAUUGCUGUUAACGAGCAGCGGUGGUUUCGUAUGUUCGACGAUGGGACUGGCCGUUGGAUUGACGGUGAUUGAUCGGCAUCCGAAUGAGAAGAUAACCUGGGCCAUAGCUUUUUGCUUUCUAUGCACAUUAGGCAGUGUAGGAACUUUUUCGAUGGGAAUGGGCCCCGUUGCUUGGGUCUAUAGCUCGGAGAUUUUUCCUUUAAGGUUGAGGGCUCUGGGAGGCGCCAUGGCGGCGGGCGCCAACAGGUUGUCCAGUGGAAUCAUUUUGAUGACCUUUCUGUCAUUGUCCAAGGCCAUUACCAUAGGCGGGGCCUUCUUUUUGUUCGGGGGAAUUGCACUGCUGGCCUUUAUUUUCUUCUUUACCUUGCUUCCUGAGACGCGGGGUAGAGGACUCGAAGAAAUGGAGGAAUUGUUUGGCACCUUUUUCAAGUGGAGGUCCACGGCCAAAGAGUUAGAGGAGAGAAAGAGAAAGAGACUGGAAAGUGAGAACAAGAAGAACGAUCUCGUUUAGAUAUAAUAUAACUGGGCCUGGGGA